GUAUCCACUGUAUGCAUACCUAACCCAAAUUUUCAAGACUUUCAUACAUGAAGCUGGAUAAACUUCACACUCUUAAAAUUACACAUUUCUGAGCUGUUGAGAAUGUACUUCAAAAGGAGCUAGAAGGUAGUAGCAGUGCUGCCUCCACCCCCGGGGAUGUGAUCACCACCACCUCCUUCCAGACGGAGACCCCCACCACACCCCUCCCACCGCCAUCACCUCGCACGAUAACUACAACUGAUAGCAUCCCCCCCCUAGAGGACAUGCUUGGGCCUCCGCCUGCCUACUCCUUCCAGCCGCCUGAGAUGAGCCCAUCGGAACCUAUGCCAGGGCCUCCACCUUCGUACGAUGAAUGUCACAACCUCAAUGUCCCUCCACCCACCUAUGAGUCACUCUUUGGGCGAGUCAGAGAAGUCCAGAAGAGUUCAAAUGGUCUUGUAGACUUCAUCAAGAACCUGAUCAUCUUAUUUUUGGGAACAAUUGGUUGCACAGUGAUGAUCAGUGUGACGAUUGUGAUUCCAAUCUUCAUGAUCAUCGUUGGAUCCCUCAAAAUGGAUGAAUGUCCGGCUGAGAAAAUGAUUCCCAUUUAUCUUGUCAUUGGAGGAACAUUUGGAGUAGUAAAGAACUUGUUGGACCUACAAGGGAGGCUUCGCCGUCCACUGGCAGAAGACGACGGAGGUGAAAGUCAUGAUGGACCAAUUCCAUGGCACCGGAGAUUGCAGUUCACUGGGGCCAUCAAUUUCUUUUUGUGUAUCUGGUUCAUUUUAGGAUGUGUGUGGGUGUAUCGAAUCUAUGAACCCAACUAUGUUGAAGGUUCUCAUGAUUAUUGUGACUUCACCCUGUACCAGUUUGCCUUCUGGCUGAUCACAUCUGUCUACAUUGCUGUAGGCCUUCUCACCUCUUGUAUGUGCUGCCUGUCUGUGGCAACGGUUGUCAUGCAGCAUAAUCGGAUGAAUGGAGCCCAGGUUUGAGUUUGGCCUUGAGAUUCAUCUGUAUAAGAAGUGUACUGUAUAUCUUUGCUGUGAUUGUUUUUUCCUUUAAAUGAUUGGCCUUUUUUUUUUAGAUGUAUAUACAGUUGAGAGGUUUUGCCAUGUUUUUUCUUUUCUUUUCUUUUCUUUUAUAGGAAUAAGUGGUUUAUCUAUAUAGGUAAACAGAAAGAAUCCUCAAUCAAAAGAUAUAUUAUCACUUAGGAGUGAUAUGAAUGUAGAUAUUUCUUUGGUUGUUAUGAGUUUGAAAAAUUAUAGUCACUGUUAUAUUUGAUUUGUACAUUUUGAACUGUCCAAGGCUACUCCAAAAUGGUAGCAGAAAAGAAAGUAAUAUUGUAAGGACUGUUAAUCUUUUGUCUAGUGUGUUUUGUAACACAAAUUAUUUUGUUGAAUGAGUCAUAAAAUCACAUUGAGAUUUUGUCUUAUUUUUCAAUAUAUCAUUUUACUUUGUUCUUUGUGCAGCUGCAUAUUCCAAGUCCUACCUGGCUAUGUAGCCAUUUUAUAGUUAUAACAACUCUAGAUCGGCUGUUGUAAACACAUCUCCGAUACUAGGGUAAACACGUACUGCCUAGAAUGUGUUCUCACUUUCCCCAUAGAUCUGAACUUGAUACCAGUUUUUAAAUUUGAGUGAAUCUUCCAAAUCAAAGACAGUGUUUAUUCGGUUGUAGUGCUUAUGGUAUUCAAGAAAAAAAGACAAGAUUCUGCCUUAGAAACAAACUUAUGAAAAAAAAGAUAGUGAGGAUAGAAGAGACCCUCCCCACUUAAAAAAAAGAAUGAAAGAAAAACUCAUGCAUUCCCAGUACAUGGCAUUGUGUUGGGGAUUUGCAUGAACCAGUAUUUUUGUUAUACAGGCUGAUUAGCACAAGAAUUUGGCCUUCCUUUAACUUUGGUAGGCUUAUGAUCCUCAUUUGUAGUUUUGUAUGGUUUUUAUACCGUAGCAAUUCUUUACCUGAUGGCUGUCUUUCUUGACUAGAAACCCUUUUGGGUGACAUUGCCUCUCUUAGCAAAGAAAAUAUAGUAUUAAAGUUACCAUGAUAAGUCACAUAAUUGUGCACAAGAUAACUACAUGCCAUGCAUCUCAUGGCUCUAAGUGAUGAGUGUAUGGCCUUGUGUCAUGAGUCAUAUGUCUCAAAAGUGCCAUAGGUUGUAUGGGACGAAAGUAUUAUGAGUGAAGAGAAACUGAUGAAGACUUACCACAUGAACAAGAACUGUCCCUUCAGUGUUAAAAUCAAAGGGAUUAAGUUCCGUGCAUCUCAUCCUCACAAGACGUGAUUUCACCAAAAGUUGUCAUUAGUUUUUAUUUUCCCCAAGGUGUCCUUUUCCCAAGUGCAACAAAAUGUUAGUCAGGUUAAGCAAUUAGUGUAAAUCUUUUGAUACUAUUGUAGUUCAUUGAAAAUGACUCAAGGUUUGUGGACUAGUGCCAAGAUUCACAUUGAAGUAGAUGAUUUCAAGUACAUGUGUUGAGAUUCAUCUUUCAGAGAUUCCAUUACUUGUACAAUAGAUAUUUUUCCAAUUAUGUUUCACAGUUUAUGUACUAGAUGUUGUUUCCAUAAUAGCAUGCAGGGCGCUGGACAUUAUCAAAACAUCAAAGGGAUGGAUCUUUCAGUUUAGCAAUUUGAAUGAUUCUUCCAUUUCAGUUACCACAGGCUUGAGAUAUGUAAUUUAUGUGGUGUUUGGUUUUGUCACAUUUGUCAAAUCUGGGAAAGAGUAUGUGAUGUCAGUUGAGUCAUAUAUGGUUGACAAUCACAUUGGAGCCUAAGUAAGUUUAUGAUUUUACAGUAAUCCUUCGAUUAAUGAAAACCCCAGCAGUUUUUGGAUAUGACUUACACAAAUUGAGUAAGAAAUUAAUCCAGUAUGAGACAAAAAAAAAUAGUAUAUAAGAGUAAAUUUGCUGUGCAGUUAAUUUUUGUACUUCAACUAAGAAUAGUGUAAAAAGUUUAAGGUUUACUUUGCUGCAUUUUAAUUUAAAUUCAUUUCUAGACACUUAAGUAAGCAUUUGACUAAUCAUUUGAUUCAUUUUUUUAUAUACAUGUUUUUUAUUUUCAAAUGAAGAUGAUAUUGUAGAUUAUUAGUGUUAUCAUCAUGUCAUACUUGGUAAAGAGAUGAAUGGUAAAUAAGUGCCAUACAGGUAACAUGAUAAUUUGAUGAAAUUUAUUUAGUAGACAACAGCAGACAUUAACAGCAAAUAAACAGUUGAUUGCACCUAAAGGAAAUCAGGACCAAAGGUUGUUUUGCAUACUUACACUUACUAAUAUUAAUGAUUUUGUAUAGUUCAAACAGUUAAGUGCAUAGUUCUGGUGAAAGGAGAGUAAGAAAAAUGGUCUCAGGCAUACACAGACUUGCAGGUUAUUUACUAUUAUAGUCUUUUCUACUUAUCUGCAUUCUUGCACCCCAGUGUUCAUUUGUAUAUUUUUUUUAAUGAAAUAAAGUAUUGCACAUGUUAAAUAGAUUUGGGUAUAUAAAGUAGUGUAGAGAACCAAUUUUUAUGCACAGCCAGGGGAUUUUUUUUGGUGUGCUGUAUGACAGGCCAGCUGUAUGUGAUACUUGGAAUAUAACGAUUGAUGGAAAAAGAUACUCUGGUAUUUUCAUAGACUGUUAUUUCUUUUGUGGUGAGAAUAGAUCAGCAAAGUAGGUUUUAUAAACUUACUUGAUGUUCCUGCCUUUAUAAUUUCUAAGUCGAGGGAUUACUGUACCUAGAAAAAUUUGAAUCAGAUAUCCACAUUUACACCACCCACCCACAUCCACCCAUACACACCCAUUCUUGGAUACACUCAUAC